AGGCGCUCCGUCGCCCUGGCGGUUUUUUGGCGGCGCCUGAGGCGGCGGCCGCGCGGAGAUGCGGCUGCCGUGCGAGGUGUCGGUGGCGAGCCGCCUGCUCCCCUCGGCGGGGCUGCGAGGGCCGGGCCGCUCCGUCAGGGCUGUGCUGGCCCUCGGGAAGCCGCCCGGAGGAGGAGGAGGAGGAGGAGGAGGAGUCUGGCUCCUGGUCAGCACCGCCCGACAGCGCCCGGGGGCCAAGUACCAGCUGAGAGAGAACAUAGAGCAGCUCUUUACAAAGUUCGUGGAGGAAGGAAAAGCCACCGUACGGCUGAAGGAGCCGGCCGUGGACAUCUGUCUCAGCAAGGCAAAUGUCGGCCAGCUGAAGACUUUCCUCUCUGCAAUGAAGCUGGCUGACCGAGGCACCAACGAGGAAAGCUUACCACUGUCCACCUUGGCCCCACCGAAAGCUUCUGAAGUUGAGAAGCCAAAGACAAAGAUGACGAUAACAUCCAGGAAGGAUUACCCUUUAACCCAGAACUUCCCGUACACUCUGGAGCAACUCCAGGCCUCUUACUGCAAAUUACCUGGCAUUGAUAUGCGCAUGCUUUGCCUGAAGAGUCUUCGGAAACUGGACUUGAGCCACAACUGUAUCAAGAAGCUGCCAGCCACGAUUGGGGAUCUUGUGUCCCUCCAGGAGCUCAGUCUUCAGGGCAACCUCCUGGAGUCCUUUGGCGUGGCCCUCUGUGAUUCCACACUCCGAAAGUCGCUCCAGUCUCUGGAUCUCAGCCAGAACAAAAUCAAAGCGCUUCCUGCACAGUUCUGCCAGUUGCGGGAGCUCAUUCACUUGAAGUUGGACGACAACGAUCUGAUCAGGCUGCCAUUCAAGAUUGGUCAACUGAGCCAGCUCCGCUUCUUGUCCGUGGCUCGGAACAAGCUCCCCUUCUUACCCAACAGCUUUGGAAAACUCUCCCUCGAGAGCCUGGAUUUAUUUGGCAAUCCUUUUGAGCAGCCCAAGCCCCUUGCUCCUGACAUACAGCUAAAAAUACCAUUGACUUUGUGGGAAUAUUCAGCUAGAGCAACGAUCAAUUACAGGCUGCCGUACAGCUGCCACGUCCUUCCUUCUCACCUCUGUCACGAUCUGGACAUGUCAAAGAGCUGUCACUGUGGGCGGGCCUGCCUAAGCAGCUUCAUUCAGACGACCGUGACCAUGAAUCUCCACAGUGUGGCGCACACGGUUGUCCUUGUGGACAACAUGGGGAGCACAGAGGCCCCCAUCCUCCGCUACUUCUGCUCUCUGACUUGCUACUCUCAGUUCCUGGACAGACAUCUGCAAAGCAUCCGAUGACC